AUGGUCGACGAAAGGCCUAAGAAAACGGCCAGAUUGGCCAGUCCUCAGCUCCAGCGAGUGAAUGGUCAGAGAUAUGGGCCCUCGCUCACCAGAACUUCAUCACUUGAUCCUAACUUCAUACGCCAGAACUAUGAUCUUGCUAAUACGCCAGUCAAAUUGGUGAUGAACAAUAAUUUAAUGUGUAUGACAGAAAAUUGGACGGAGGAAGAAAAAAAAUUGGAAAGAAGACUAGUGAGAUUUUCAUUUUACAGAGAGGAACCAACAGUGUAUCUGAUCGACUUUAAUUCUAUAAAAAAGAGUGAAUUUACUCACAACGCACCUAUUAUAUCUUGCAUUUAUUGGAAAGAGAAAGGCUUCCACAUUGUAACAUCUGUUGAUGUAAUAUUAAUAUUGGAAUAUCUUGUUCAAGAGAGCUUUUCCAUCGAAGAAAAGAAUCGGAUUAGACGUAAUCUACAGUCAUUGAAACCAUAUACUAUAUCGAGAACGAGCAAACAAUGUCACAGAUUUUUUUUGGCGUUAAUGAAUAUGGAAGACCCUAGACCUAGAAAUAUCGAAAAAGAUUUGAAGGUUUUUAAAUGGGAUGUAUUAUAUGAUGCAAUAAGCAAAGUAAUGUCAAAGUAUUCAACAAAUGUUACCCAUGAAGAUUUGACUUCUCAGAGUUUGCAACCUCCAUUAGCCACAGAAUGUGGCAAAAUUAAGCCCGGGGCUAAUUUUCUCAAGAAUGAACAAGAUAUUAAAGACUCACAAGAGAUCAGUAAGCUUGACUCUCCAGAUGCUAUGGCAGUCGACGAUGAAUUUUUGCCAUACGAAAGAUUAAAAGUCUUAAGGAGAAAAAUGUACAAUGGUUCACAUCAAUCAAAUAACUUGCAUCACAAUAAACUUUUCCAACAUGCUCUUAAACCUUCUAAUGUCGUGCCGCUCAAAGAUGAGAAGCAAGGUGAAAUUGACAAAGAAGAAAGAGAUGAAUUGAGGGACUUAAUGGAUAUCGAUGAUACUGCGCAAGAUUCUUCUCGUCCUUUGUCGAACCAAUCGACAUCAAACAGAGGUUCUUCAGAGUCGCUUACUAAAUCUAAUGAUUCUACAAUAUCGGCCGAGGCUUCUGGGUCAGGCUCUGGAUCUGAUUCAGUUUCAAGUUCGAAUGACUUGAAAUCUAGCUCUGAUUCGAACUCACAUUCAUACGACUCAUCAAGUCACUUAUCUUCAAACAUAUUUAGUAGUAAUGGAUCUAGUAUGAAAGGACUGAAUAUUACGUCAGGAGACAAUAGUGUUGGAACUCUUAGAAAGUUAAAUCAGCAUGAUCAGAAUAUUAAUAAUUUCACAACAGAUCAAAGCCAAAGGGUAUUUGGAGGCAAUCAGCCUAAAAAAGAUCAAUUUAAAUCGGAGUACUAUAAAUAUCCAGCCCAAUCUCAGCUUUAUCUGUUGGCUCCCUUUACAAACGGUACCAGGUAUGACAAACUUAGUACUAAUAACGUCAACUUGCAUAAUACAGAGGGUACGAUUAUGGAACACGAAAGUGAUCCAAAGAAUGUCAAGUUACCUUCUUUGGAAAGGAGCAUUCAAAAUCAAGCACUUUCUGAUUGCGCAAAGCUUCACCUCCCACCAAUAAUAUCUACGCUGCAAGCCUUUCCUUUACCAGGGCCUAAGCAAAUUGAUAAUAUUGUGAAGAAACCUCCUAGGGACAGCUCUUCUUCGAUGAAAGAGAUGCAGAACUUGGUGAAAUCUAAUCAGCAAAAUUGGAGAAAGCGAAAGCAGGUGGAAACGAAAGAAGAAGACAAUUUGACGAUGAAUUAA